UACUGAAAACAACAGCUGGAGAUAUUGACAUCGAGCUAUGGUCAAAAGAAGCACCAAAAGCAUGCAGAAAUUUCAUCCAGCUUUGUAUGGAAGGUUAUUAUGACAACACAAUAUUUCACAGAGUUGUGCCUGAUUUUAUAGUGCAAGGGGGAGAUCCCACUGGUACUGGAUCAGGUGGAGAGUCGAUCUACGGGCUCCCCUUCAAGGAUGAAUUCCACUCACGAUUGCGUUUUAAUCGAAGAGGACUGGUUGCUAUGGCAAAUGCUGGAGCUCAUGAUAAUGGCAGUCAGUUUUUCUUUACCCUGGGCCGUGCAGAUGAACUUAACAACAAGCACACCAUUUUUGGAAAGAUUACUGGGGAUACCAUAUACAAUAUGUUACGACUGACUGAAGUAGAAAUUGACAAAGAAGAAAGACCACUCAAUCCACACAAAAUAAAAAGUAGUGAGGUUUUGUUUAAUCCUUUUGAUGACAUCAUUCCAAGAACAAAUAAAAAGCUGAAAAAGGACAAACCAGGGGAAGAAGUAAAAAAGUCAAAAUCCAAAGGCACAAAAAAUUUUAAUUUGCUUUCGUUUGGAGAGGAAGCUGAAGAGGAAGAAGUGGAAGUCAACAGAGUUAGUCAGAGCAUGAAGGGAAAAAGUAAAAGUAGUCAUGACUUGCUGAAGGAUGAUCCACAUCUAAGCUCAGUUCCUGCUGUUAAAAGUGAAAAAGCAAAUGAAGUGAGGGAUUCAGACGAGGAAGAAGAGGAGGAGGAUGACGAUAGCGAUAAUGAAGAAGGUGAAAUGGAUAGUGACGAGAAAUAUCAAGUGAAAGAACGCGUAGCUAAGAAGUUGAGAAAAGAUAAAAAUGAAAAUGUUAAGCUACCAUUUAAAGAAGAACCAGAAACUGAAAAGAAAACAACUAGUCGCAGUGAGGAACUACGCAAAGAAGUACGCCAGCUGAAACGUGAACUACUAGAAGCAAAGCAAAAGAGAGAAGAAAAUUCUACAAAAUCAAAAGAAAAGAAAGAGGAAGAGGAAGAAGCUGAUCCAAACAGCAUAGUUACAGAAUAUUUACAGGAGAAGAAAAAGUAUGAAGAUCUGCGGAAGCAACAGCCAAAGAAAGGGAUAUCUCGUGAAGAGCAGACGCUGGCGCUACUGGACCGAUUCAAAUCAAAGCUAACUCAGGCAAUAGCAGACACUCCUGAAAAUGAAAUGUCUGAACCUGAAGUAGAGGAUGAUGAAGGAUGGUUGUCACAUGUACUUCAGUUUGAGGACAGAAGCAGAAAAGUGAAAGAUGCAAACAUGCAGGAUGAAGACACUUUUGAAAUCUAUGAUCCUCGGAAUCCUGUAAAUAAGAGGAGAAGAGAACAAAGCAAAAGGAUAAUGCGGGAGAAAAAAGAAAGGAGAUGAAAUGAAUGUAAAACUAUCCAGAGCUGGCUUGGAAAGUGUAAUAAAGUAUCGUCCCUUUAAUAGCUGUGGUUCCUAAAAAUAUCACUUUACAAGUGUGAAAAGGAAUCUCUCAAGAACCUGUUGUCUGAUUUUGAAAUACAGCUAUCUUAUUUGUUUUAUGAAUUGUGCAGUAAAAUAAGCAAGUGCUCUCAGUACAUAAUCCAAGCUCUCUUUAAACACUUUUGAAAUUUUAAUAAAUAUAUAAUAGUUUUGGUCAUCAUUUUAAUCAAUGUAUAGCAAUUAAAUAUUGAGAAUAGUGUAAUUAGAAGGUAUGUUUUCAAGACAGUGAAGAAAAGAUAUUUGCCAAAAUGAAAAUGUUAAGGAAUGAAAAAAAAAUUAUUCCCACCAGCUAUACAGGCUUUUUAAGAUUUAAUUUUUUUAAAUGGUAAGAUUAAAUCCAUUUACAGAUGAUUGAUUUUUUUGUUUAGUUAAGCAAUUGGGUUCUUCAUUGUAUCACAAAGUUCAGAAGAUAGAUUUAAAAAUUCCAGACUUCCAGCACAAAGUGUACAAUGUUCCCAGCUCUCUUGAAACUCAAUCAAAAUUUAAUUUGAGGGUGUGGUUAAAUUUUCUUCAUCUUGAGAAACAUAUCCAAAAAAUGACUUGGAAAGACAUGAUAAUCUACAAGUUUGGAAAUGUUAUUUCACAAGCUUGAGAACAUUUUAGAAUCCAAAUUUAAAGAGCAAUUAAUAUGGGGAAAAAAACAAUAAUUUAAAUCACAUGUUUAUAAGAAGCUUAGACUCCCAGAAUGAAAAGUAGUUAUUACAAAGUACCCAUCCUCUAAUUUCAUCUUCUCUACUGAUUUGUCACUAUUGAAGGUUUAUUUAUUUAUCUCAAUAUUGAGAUACAGAAAUUGCAAAACUAAUCUCAGACUCUUGUUUUUAAAGACUUUACAUCUAGCAUGUAGUGACCUUAAAGCUACCAGCGGAAGCUGCAAAUUUAACUAACUGUACAUCACGCUGAUUUCUCUAGCACAUCAUGGAAGUGUGUAUAAAAGAAAAAUAUAUCUGAAAUUCCAGGGAAUAUGGCAUUUUUGGUCAUAUAAAUUUCUAAGUUGCACAUACAUACAGUAAAGCAGUUAGUAACACAACUAAAUAAGGGGACAACAAGGUCAUUAAAAAGUGAGAGUAGAUGAGUGUUUUGCUGCUGUCAUUUUUAGAACAAGUUCAGUAGGGUAUGGUGUCCUUAUCAAACCGCCACUACCAAGUUCCUUGAUAGGGUCUGACGUGUGAGGUACAUAAACCUGUCUUGGUGUGUUAAUGUGGUCCAAAUGGCAGAGGUUAGAUUAAUGCAGAAUAUUGCUUAAAUGUGCUAUGUAAUCUCUGAGAUAAGAAGAAAAAAACUUGUAGGUGUGAAACAAGUUCCUGGAGAAAGCUGUCAAUGUCGUCCUCUUGUUCUGAGUGAAUUAUAUUCUAGCAGGGUAUAGCAGAGUUAAGAGGGGUUACAUUCUUAAUGCUGUCAUUCACAAAAAAAAAAAGUGAGUCAAAGUUCUUUGUGAUCUGCUUUAGAAU